AUGGAUUUUGGCAAGCAGGGGAGCUGGGACAGUUGGAGCGACGAAUAUGAGCACCAAAAGGACGAGGAAUUGGAUAAUGAUAGCACAAAAAGGCCUUAUGAGUGCACAUUUUGUAAGCGUGGGUUCACCAACGCACAAGCUCUUGGUGGCCAUAUGAACAUCCACCGCAAAGACAGAGCCAAAGCCAAACGCCGCACCUCUUCCUCCCAUUCUAACCACCAAAUUUUCCCUCAUCUUUCAACCCAACCCACUGCCCCUUUACCACCCUCUUACCGGAUGUAUUUCGACACGACGGCGGCGGCCAUGGCGGCGAACUUCCCUAUUCACCAACAGAGAUCGGAGAGUGUGAAUGAAGAGCUGGUGUUGGGGGCAAAUCUUAGCCUCCAAAUUGAUCAAAACAGGGGUGUGUGGAAAAAUGAAGAGGUUGAUUUGGAGCUGCGAUUAGGACAUGAAUAUCGCUGA